CGUGCGCACUGGGCAUUCGAGAAAUAAAAUCGAAUCGACGUUUUGUUGCUGAAUAACGAGUAAUUAACGGAAUAAAGUGAAAAUAAAUGGUUAAUAAAUGAUAAUUUGAUGUAAAAUUUGUCAAAAUGCCUUAUGCCAAUCAACCGUCGGUUCAUAUCAGCGAUUUGAAUGAGGAAAAUGUCAAAUUCCAGGUGGAGGACACGGAAUUGAGCGUUGCAAAUAGUAUGAGGCGAGUUUUCAUCGCUGAAACUCCAACUCUGGCAAUCGAUUGGGUCCAAUUGGAAGCGAAUUCAACAGUUCUGAGUGACGAAUUCCUGGCCCACAGAAUCGGAAUGAUUCCCUUGAUCAGUGAUGAUGUUGUUGAUAAAAUCCAGUACUCCAGGGACUGCUCUUGCAUGGAUUUUUGUCCUGAAUGCAGUGUGGAAUUCACUCUAGACGUUAAAUGCUCGGAGGAACAGACGAGACACGUCUCGACUGCUGAUCUCAAAUCCAGUGAUCCCAGGGUCCUGCCAGUCACCUCGAGACACAGAGAAGAUGAUGCCAGUGAAUAUGGCGAGACUGAUGAGAUAUUGAUUGUCAAGCUGAGGAAAGGGCAGGAAUUGAAGCUGAGAGCGUACGCAAAGAAAGGAUUUGGUAAGGAGCAUGCAAAAUGGAAUCCCACAGCUGGCGUUUGCUUCGAAUACGAUCCUGACAAUACAAUGCGUCACACCCUCUUCCCCAAACCCGACGAGUGGCCAAAAUCCGAGUAUAGUGAGCUCGAGGAAGAUCAAUUCGAAGCUCCAUUCAACUGGGAGGCAAAACCCAACAAGUACUUCUUCAACGUCGAGAGCAGUGGAGCCCUAAAACCUGAAAAUAUCGUCAUGAUGGGAAUAGCUGCAUUGAAAAAUAAAUUAUCUAAUCUGCAGACGCAAUUGAGCCACGAGGCACAGAGUGAUGCCCUCAGUAUUCAUCAUUAGUCACGAUCAAGAUGUUUUUCGUAUUGCAAUUGACGUAAAAUAAAUUACUCCAGGAUCUUUCAUAA